AUGCACCCCACACAUGAGCAAUCAGCAUCGCAUAAAUCCCAGCCGGUGGCAGCGAGGGUGCGGCGGGUGGUGGUGAACGCGGUGUGCUUCGUGUGGAAGGCGCUGUGUGCACUGCUCAUCCCCCCGCCUGACGCCCUGCACGGCUACCCCGCCUUCAUCACCAGCAUCCUCGUCAUCACCCUCAUUGCUGCUCUUGUUGUGGAGCUGGCCUCUCUCUUUGGCUGCGUCACAGGGGUGAACUCGUUUGUGGUGGCGAUAACGCUGCUGGCGACGGGCACGUCCAUCCCGGACCUCAUAGCCAGUGUGGUGGCAGCAGACCACCUGCCCACUGCUGACUCCGCCAUCGCCAACAUCAACGCCAGCAAUUGCAUCAUUGUUUUCUCUGGAAUGGGUAUCCCAUGGCUCAUCACCACUCUCUACAAUCAGUUUGUGUUGGGAUCAGCAAACAAUUCCGUUCGAUCGAUGGGACAACCACUGCAACAUCUGAACCGCUUUGGAGCAGCGUCGCUGACCUUGUACCGCGAUAUGAACGAGUGGAGCCAUGUCGCUGCCGAGCUGACUACUUUGAGAUGGCGAAAGCUCAGUCUAUUUUUCUUCGCGGCAGCGCAGUGUGAACCGAGUGUACGAUACGACUCAAUAUCCUCGGCAGAACGCUAA